AUGCCCAUAUUCCGAAGGCACAAAACGCGUCGCGAUCGCUCAUCAGUAAGUACCGGCUCGGUUUUUUUUUACUUUAAACUAAUGUUUUUUGAGAAAGUGUUUUAAAGUGCGGUAACAUUGCCAAAAACCCGUAUCGGUGUUGCAAUCAGCCAUUUUUGAACAAAAAUUUAGAUAAAUUUCCGGAGAAUUUCACGGUUCCUUGUUGCAUAUCUGGUGUUUCUCUUUCUUCACUUCACUCCACUUCCGGUUCAACUUUCCGUUCUCUUCCACUCUGGAAGAUUCUAGAAGAUGCACUUGUUGAUAGUUCACCAGUUGAUCGCAUAAUUCAAAUUACGGGGUUGGUGUGCUCUGCGCCGUCGUCGAAAACCGCCUCCUCACGCCUUCCGGUAGCGUGAAUUCUCUUCAGCGCCCACAUUUCUUGUCAAGUCUCUGCCGUGCUCCGUCUUUCGCUUCUGAACAUCCGCCCUCGUCCGAGUUUUUCGAAACGCCACGCAAAAACAAGAAAAUGAGAAACUGGCGUUGAUAGACAAGACAAGUUUUCACGUUUUCGUCGCCGCCGUCGACCGAAGCUCGAGCCAUCUAAUUUCGGGUUAAACUCGUGUCUGACGCCGUCAUUCCGACAUCGACUUUUGCCUGUUUCCCUUGUUGUUUCCGACGCGUUCGAGUCGGAAUAAACAGAAGAUUAGGCGAGCGAUCGGGAAGAAGUGUGUGUUAUUUGCCGUCAGCUGGAAAAGCCUUCUCAAAACCUGCUGAUCUGAAAAAAAACGAAGAAGAAGAAGAAGAAGAAAAUUGUCUAUCUGUACAUAUAUAUUUAUAUAUUCCGAACAUGUUUCAAUUCUUCAAGUCGAUUUCACGGAACAACAGUAUGCACAGUUUCAAAGAGGUGAGUGAUGUGUACGGUAUAAAAUUUCUUUACUUUGUUCUCAAAUGCAUCUAUGACUUCGGAAUAGAUGCAGAACAAUACAUUUGUUCAAAAACCGAGAAAACCAGUAAAAAUUAUGCAUAAGGAGUUGAAAUUUCCAUCACAGUCCGGCCUGGCCCAGCCCGUGACAACCAUGGGUUUUAUCAUGGUUUUAUGUAUUUUCCAGUUUAAAUAAUCAUUCACGUGGAUAACUGUGAAGCAAAAAAUAUACUGACCUUAUGGUAGGAAUAUAAAAUCACGAGACCCGAGUCAGUUCCUGCAUCCAUCCCAAAAACCCUUCCAUAUAUGUCCAUAUAUUCAUCCUUUCUAACCAGAAACUCAGCACUAAUCUAAUCCGUGCUGCUCGUCGAGGAAAGAAGAAGAAGAAGACGAAGAACUGUGUUCAUAGUCGAUUCUCAUCUCAUCUGCCAAAGACACCCCCCAAUUAUCCAUGUUUCUUCUUUUCUGUGCUCUCAUGCCCGACCGCCAGGAAACAAUUUUAACCACGCGUGCAAAAACUUCUCCAUCUUCGCAUUCUUCUGUGCUUGGCACUUGUAAUUAAGCCACACUUCUUCCAAUGAUGACCUCAUUCAUUUGACUUCAUUUUCUUCUUCUUUUUUUAUAGCACUUCCGUUUUCAGUUGCAUACUUUGAAUGUUUAGCACUUCCUCUGGUGAUUUGUGAUUUCUUCAAAACCUCAAACAGCUAGCAAACUCAAUCUUUUUUGGGUAAACUUGAAGAUUGUUGAUUCCUAAAAAUAGGGUAGGGUGAAAAUAGACGUCACAGACAAGGCAUAAACAAUUCUGAUGUUCUAAGACAAAAAAAUGUUUUUGGGGGAUAGGAAUAAAACAAUUGCUUUUACAUUAGUCCGAAUAGCGAAUUUUUGUCAAAAUAAACCCUUGUGACUUUACGUUCUGACCCGGUCGCCGGGAUCCUGCCUGAUUGUAAUUUUUGCAACUUUUAAUCAAUUUUAUUGUUAUUUGGGAGAACGUGGCAUAUCUGUGUCAUUUUUCUCAUAAAUAUCACCAAUCAAGAUGAAUAACGCCUAAAGAACUUUUUCAACGAAAAGUUGAGCCUUAUUCCCCAAAAAUUUAGCCGUUUUCCCGCUUCCCGCAAUGGAGUAGGACGUGUGAAGUAAUAUGUAAAUUCGACUAUCCAAAACUUUUUUUUUCCCAUAGCGAGUCACGCUUUUCCAUUUCCCAGAACUUCUCUCACGUACUAUACUAAUUUUAUUCAAAAGUCCCUGAGAAUGUGCCCCCCCCCCUUACACCACCAAAAUUUUUGAGAGAAACGUUCGGAAACCAAUUCUCGGUGGGUGGUUUCCUAUUUUUCCCGACAAGAAAACUUUGCUGGUCUCUGAGGUGCGUCUCCAUUUUUUUUUUUCGUCGCUCUCUUCCUCGCCUACCUUCUUUAAUAUUCUAUUUACGAAAUGUGGUUUUCGUGAAGGGGGAAAAGAAGAAGAAGCAAAUAAGAGUCGUUUGAAUAGGCAAUGAAUAUUCCGCACUUUCUAUUGUUUUCUACAUGUGACCCUUUUUUGUGACUCCUUUCUUUAGUUACUUAGUUUUUGACAGAUUUGCUAAAUUUCGGACUGGCCCGAUGAUUUUGCUAUCUAAAAUCGAUGUCAGUGUUGAAAUCUAUGGAUCAGCCACAUCUGGAUUGUUGGUGCUCAUUUCGUUGGAGUCGGAAUUGCUGCAAGCGUGAGAACACCGUCCGAAAUGAAACGGAUUAGAAUAAUAUGAUAUGAAUUUAAAAAUAGAAACAUUUCCUUCUCUAAUCUCUUUAUCAUCCCGGGGAUAGUGAAAAGUAGGCAUUUUCAUCCUACUCAUCAUUCCUUCAUUCAUCAUAGGUACUUCUACUCCCUUCCCCCUCUCGCUUGCCAAAAUCUUAUUCGGUUAUCCAUCUCUUCCUCUCAAUAGAGCUGAAUCUGAAUUGACAAACGAGUCGUCGGUUCGGUCAUUAGCCCCAUUUCUUUCUAUUUCUGUCCUUCAUCUCAAAACUAGCGCAGUUUCAUUCACAUUCACAUCAGUUUUUUGGCCGAGAAAAAAAAAGAGACAUCAGAAAUGAGGGGAAUCAAGUGUGAGUGACUUUCCGUGGAUCUCGUGCUCAAUCAAGUUCGCACGCUCCUUAUUUCCGAUUCCAGUCCGCCUUUUACCCAUUGCCUCCCAUUUUUCUUUUGCCAUCAUACAUGCAAUCCGAAUCUCCCGCGCACUAACUUCUCUUCCUUCAAAUUCGAGAUGGAAACGGCGUCGACGCCUACGCCUACGCAAGAUCCGCCACCCGGAGCCGCCAGAAACUCAUCGGUCACCAAUAGUCUCUUGAAAACGACGAUGAGUUUGAGAAGAAGUUUUCGAUUCAAAAAGGUAACGUUUCCAAGAAUAUUUUCUUAAAAGAGGUCUCAAGACUGACUGAAAAAGGGGUAAUAGGUUUUGCGCACUCUUCUACUUCCCUCUUGCGGCCGCCACCGACACGAAAAUUUGAUUUCAGUCCCUCCCUCGCCCCUUUCAACGCUUGUUUAACCCGGGUUGUUGGUUGCAACCAAAUUAAAGACGACGAAAACGGCCCUGGACAUCUAUCCGCGACGGAGAGGGGGGCCAGGGGUGGGGGGAAAUGUAAAUGCAGGAGUAGAAGAAAAAAGAAAGAAAAGAAACAGCAUCAUCACAACGAGUCUGGCGCGGAGAUUUGGAGAAAACGCCGCUUUUUUUGCUGAAAAUUCUUAUAAAUUUCCAUGAAUUGAAUUACACCCCUUUCAGCUUAGAAAUCACAUGCUCCCAAGGUCCGGAAAUGGAAGUUUAAAUUUCCCAAGUUUCUUAUCGAGCUCGAUCUUUUUGUUUCUUCUUUUUCUCUCUUUUUGUUUCGCUUACAUCACGCCAUGAGAACGUCCUCUAGUUCUCACAAUCCGAUUUCCGGAUGUUGAUGUUUUAUUUAUGUACAAAAACUAAUCUGUUUUUGUUUAUUUGUGAAUGUUCCCUCUUAUCCAAAAAGUUGGAUAUGGAAAAGGUGUGAGUGGAUUAACACAAGGAUCUCAUUCAUUUCAGCAGACCUCUGUAUCUUUUCUCAUUUUCUUCCUCUUUGAUCAUGUAUUUUCAAAGUGUCUGGAACGUUUGUCUGACCAAACUUCUCUGCAGUGGAAAUAUGAGAGCAAAUAAGCAGAAUCGGGCCCAAAUUUGAUAAAAAAUCGUUAUCAAUAAGUUUGGAUAGAAAUGAUAUUAGCGAUGCUUCUCCUUUUUCAACUCUUUUCCUCGAUUGGUCUGUUUUGAACCCUGCUCAAAGUCGUGAGAAGCGAGAAGUGAGAAGUAAGAAGCCUAACAGUUUUGAUGAAAAAUUCAUUAAAUUCCGCUUCCUCGUCCCAUGAUCUUUCUCUAUUUCUCAAGUUUUUCUGGUCAACAAAAAAAAGAGAAGAAGGCGAAGAUGUUAUCGUGCUCAAGUGGAAAUGGGUUUAAAAGGGCGCCCACUCCCAAUUGUCGAGGAAAAGAGUGAAAGAUUGUACAGCACAUUAUCCGCCUGCGGAAUGGGAUGACGAAAGGCGUUUUUCUCUCCUUUAAAAGACGGAUUCACGGGUGUGAGUUUUGCAGAGGAGCUGUGGUGUUAAUCUUCAAAGGAUCAGUUUUAUCUGUUCGCUUCCACGAUAGAAGAUCAAAAGCACUUUGCCUCUUUGGAGCCCGUUAAGACCAGUUUUCAAUAAUCCCCCCUUUAGAAACCCUAUUUUAAGAAAGGCAAUCUGGUUGCUCGUUCUCUCUCUCUCUCCCUUUCUCAAGGUGCACUUUUUUGUAGUUUCUGGGCUUACUCUUUCAAAAGUUUCUGUAGGAAGUCACAGAAUCACAUCAUUCCACAAAAGCUUAUUCUUCGAAAAAUCAUCGUGUCGUCGGAUGAUUGGCCUGGACUCUCUUCUGCUCCACACACACACACACACACACACCAAAGCCGCUCACUUUUUGCUUGUCUCCGUAUCUCUAAUACCGUUAUCUAUCGGUUUCUGUCGGAGAUUGGGAGAGAGAGAGAGAGAGUUGGAGCCAAUUUAUCAGCGACUCUUGCCCCAACUGUUUUAUUUAUGAUAUGAUCUUCUCUCAGACAGAUUUUCUUCUUCACGUGAAUGUUUUGGUGAAUUUUGAAUUGAAAUUGGCGAAUUCAAUUCCACUUUCUAACGCGUGCGCGUCGGGUGUCACUUGAGCCGCGCGUCUGACCUCAGCACCCAUUGUGUUGAAAAGUCGUCGUCAGAAGUUGUUGAAUUCACCCCCUGAAAUCCAAUUUGGUCAGCCAGAAAGUGCUUAACACCCGGAGAAAGUGCUCCUCCUUCACUUUCACUUUCACUUUCCGACCUAGAAUCCUCGGAUCUUCAACUUCUUGUAGGCGGCUCACUGAACUUUGCUUAAACGAAGCCAACUACAAUGAAUCGAGUAAGGACAAGUCAUUAAGCAGAAAAAAAAAGAGUCAGCAUUAGGCUUCAAUGAAUCCAAAAUCCUCCUUUUCCCUUUUCUGGUCUACUAAUCCCUCCCCAAUUCCUUUAUUAUUUCAGUCGGAUGAGUCGAGAAUGAGCUUCGAACACCGUUCUGUCGUCCGGCUCUUCAGCAACAGCUCCACGAGUGAGGAUUCUGACUUGUGACUCCAAAAAAGGUCAAAUUGCAGCUUCGAAUGGAAGCCGAAAGACGUCCGUCCCGUCGGCAGUCAUCGCUUCGGCGCCGUUGAUGUCAGCAGCAAUUGGCGACGGUUUGGGAACCCAUCUUUGUGAGUCCACUAAAACUAUGUACUUGAAACUUGAAGUUAUGCGUUUCAUGUUUCGCUUCAAGAAAAAGGGUGUGCUAGUAUGUCCAUUAACGCAUAUUUUCGUUUGUUAUAACUGUUUUUCCUUUUUCCAUUCUCCCAGGUAUCCCAGAAGAAUUAUCAUCAUCCCAAAACACAAAAAUAACGCAAACAUGAAGAGGAGACAAGAAAUAGUAUAGCUAACCUGGCGUGUGCGCGUUUUGUAUUGAAUUUCUCUCGCUUCUGAACCUGAAUGAGCAAAUUUGGGGUGGGGAUGGACUCGAAUCGAAUGGAAAAAAGCGAGGGAACACGAAUAACUCAAUUUCACAAUCAAACUCUGGACAUUACACAACGUUUCGGCGAUGUCAACUUCUUCACCCACUUGCUACUUUUCCUGGCGCGAAAAACAUCUCCUUUUCUCUUAUUGAAUGUCAGUUUUAAAUCAAAUUCCAGCCCCUUCUUCGGUUUCCUUUUCUCUUCUUCCUCACAUCGGUAAACACGCCGAAAGUAGCCAUUUCUCUCACUUUUGCUCCUUGUUCCAUUUUUCGGCAUUUUUCUUUUCCGCCUUUCCACUUUCGCCGGCCUAGUUGAUGAUGUGAAGACGAAUGAAUGAAUGCGUGAUCCGUUGUUUUUGACGUGUCAGAAAAAUAUAUAUGCUAGUGCUUAUGUUCAGUUCAAAUAAGCAUCAAGCGUCGCGACGAGGAGGAGGAGAAUCUUGAAUUAAAAAUUCUGCGCGUCUUCCUACGGACGUAUUCAUAUUCAUUUUUAGCUAGGGGGUAUGGAAAUGAAAGUAUCCGACACACAUCAGUGCAUUUUCAAAAACUGGAGAAAAAAGAGCGUCGUUAAACAAAACACAAAGGAUAAAAAGUUGAGGGAUAAUGAAAACAGACAUAUUCAGAUUUAUCCUUCAAUCUCGUAUAAUUGUAGCCCAUCAAUAAUUUAGUAUUUUCAAAUCAAUCUCGUCUUUUUCUUUUCCUUUCCCAACAAGCUCAACACUUUCGAUCAAAGGCUUCUUCUUUUUCUUCUUCUUCUUCUUCUUCUACUACUUUCCAGUCACUUUCUGAGCAAAAAAAUUAGCUCAAUCGCAACUCAACUCAACUCAAGUCACAUGACAUAAGGACAGUGUCCUAGUAGGCAUCCCAGAACAAAAAAUGCAGACAUUGCUAAUGUGCGCGUUUGCACAUUUAUUUCCAGAAUAUGAUAAUCUUUUUAUGUUGCGAUAUUGCGAUCGCUAAUAACCGUAGUUCGGAUUGUUUUCCAAUUAAUUUCAGAAGCCCUCAACGCACUUUUUGUACAGAAAAUUGGUGUGUCUGCGAGCGCGAAGAAAAACUAAUCGAAAAAUCAGAAUUGGAUGAGAUGUUCGCGCGAAAAUUGAUGGUUGCAUCGCAUGCACACAACGCUCUAGACUGGUUAGAAAAGAAGCAAAAAGUAGGGAAUUAUUUUCACCAUGUGCCUUUCGUUAUUCUCAAUCUGCAAAGAAAGUUCGUCAGUGGUGGCGCCGGCGACACGGACCACUUUUGCCGAUAUUGUAACUAUUGCGACGGAGGCUUCUGCAAAACGUGAGUGAGUGUGAAGACCGAAAAGUCAUCGUCUGCUGUCAUAUCAAUAGGUCAAUCAUCGAUGAUUCCUCUCUUUCUCUCUUUUUCUCUUUCAAGAAGAUACCUUCAGGCGGAAACUAG